AACUUGGAGGAAUUCUUGGGAUGGGAAAGUGUUGGUUUGUUGGAGUGUUGAUUGUGGUGGGCUGUGCCUGCUUUCUAGGCAAUGUUGGGGUUGAAGGGUACCCAACUGAGGAUAUGGUACUGAGGUUGCCUGGUCAACCCAAAGUUGGCUUCAGUCAAUAUGCUGGCUAUGUUGAUAUAGAUGAAAAGCAUGGAAGAAGCCUCUUCUACUAUUUUGUGGAGGCUGAACAGCACCAAGACAAGAAGCCUCUCACUCUUUGGCUCAAUGGAGGCCCGGGAUGUUCCUCCAUUGGAGGAGGUGCCUUCACUGAGUUGGGUCCCUUUUAUCCUAAAGGUGAUGGACGUGGUCUCCGAAGAAACUUAAUGUCUUGGAAUAAAGCAUCCAACCUUCUCUUUGUGGAAUCUCCUGCUGGAGUUGGUUGGUCAUACUCAAACACAACUUCAGAUUACAACUCUGGAGACGAGUCCACAGCCAAUGAUAUGCUUCUGUUCAUGCUGAAAUGGUACGAGAAGUUUCCUUCCUACAGAUCAAGGGAGCUGUUCCUUACUGGAGAAAGCUAUGCAGGACAUUACAUACCCCAGUUAGCUAGUGCUCUUCUGGACUAUAAUGCUCAUUCAACUGGUUUCAAAUUCAAUAUUAAGGGAGUUGCUAUUGGAAACCCACUUCUGAAACUUGAUCGUGAUGCACAAGCAACAUAUGAAUACUUCUGGUCACAUGGAAUGAUCUCCGAUGAAAUUGGCCUUGCCAUCAUGAAUGAUUGCGAUUUUGAUGAUUAUGUCUUUGAAACUCCACAUAAUAUGUCUAAAUCAUGCAACAACGCAAUUGAUGAAGCAAACGACAUUGUUGGGGAUUAUAUAAACAACUACGAUGUAAUUCUUGAUGUUUGUUAUCCAUCCAUAGUUGAACAAGAACUGAGAUUGAAAAAAAUGGCUACUAAAAUAAGUAUAGGUGUAGAUGUAUGUAUGAGUUAUGAAAGAAGCUUUUAUUUCAACCUCCCUGAGGUUCAGAAGGCUCUACAUGCAAACCGUACUAAUCUUCCAUACUCUUGGUCCAUGUGUAGUGGUGUUCUAAAUUAUAGCGACACCGAUCCUAACAUAAAUAUCCUUCCAGUUCUCAAAAGGAUAGUUCAAAACCAUAUUCCAGUGUGGGUUUUCAGUGGAGACCAAGAUUCUGUUGUGCCAUUACUAGGUUCUAGAUCACUCAUUCGUGAACUAGCUCAUGAACUGAAGUUCAAGAUUACAGUCCCAUAUGGAGCUUGGUUCCACAAAGGCCAGGUUGGGGGAUGGGUAACAGAGUAUGGAAAUUUGUUGACUUUUGCCACUGUAAGGGGAGCUGCCCACAUGGUACCAUAUGCACAACCUUCAAGAGCACUUCAUCUUUUCAGUUCAUUUGUGCGUGGCAGGAGAUUGCCAAACACAACGCACCCUUCAAUUGAAGAUUAA